AGCUCUCAGCUCUCUCUGGCAGCAGCAGGAGAAACGCUCCUCUUAUCAAAGAAACGCACAACUGGAGAACUCCAUUCACUCCCAGUGUAGAACUAUGGGUCCUGUCUGCUUUUCCUGGGACGUCUGUUUGCUUUUCCUCCUCAUAAAUACUUUCGAUGUCAUGGGAAAUGUCGGAGUCGCAGAUGCAGACGAAUGCUCUGAAGCCACUGACGACUGUCACAUCGACGCUCUGUGCCAAAACACUCCAAAAUCCUUCAAGUGCAUCUGCAAGACUGGUUACAAAGGAGAUGGCAAGCACUGUGAAGACAUGGACGAGUGUGAGAACGACUACAACGGCGGCUGCGUGCACGACUGCAUCAACAUCCCCGGGAACUACAGGUGCACGUGCUACGACGGGUUCAUGCUCGCAGACGACGGGCACAACUGUCUGGAUGUGGAGGAGUGUCUGGACAACAACGGCGGCUGUCAGCAGGUUUGCGUGAACACGAUGGGCAGUUACGAGUGCCAGUGCAAACAGGGCUUCUUCCUGAGUGACAACCAGCACACCUGCAUCCACCGUUCUGAUGAUGGGAUGAACUGUAUGAACAAGGACCACGGAUGCGCUCAUAUCUGCAGAGAGACCCCCAAAGGCGGCGUGGCGUGCGAGUGCCGCCCGGGAUUUGAGCUGGCGGAAAAUCAGCGCGACUGCAAAUUGACAUGUAACUAUGGAAACGGUGGUUGCCAACAUACGUGCGAUGACACAGACACGGGGCCCGUGUGUGGAUGUCAUCAAAAAUAUGCCCUGCACUCAGACAGCAAGACCUGCAUUGAGAAAGAUGAGGCUGCAAUUGAGAGCUCUGAAUUCAAUUCCACGUCAGUAGCUGAUGUAGACAAGCGGGUGAAACGUCGUCUACUUAUGGAGACCUGUGCAGUAAAUAACGGCGGUUGUGAUCGAACAUGCAAAGACACGGCCACCGGGGUGCGCUGCAGCUGUCCAGUGGGCUUCACCCUUCAACCCGACGGCAAAACUUGCAAAGACAUCGAUGAGUGUUUGGAGAAUAACGGAGGCUGCGAUCAUUUCUGCCGCAACACGGUGGGGAGUUUCGAGUGCAGCUGUCAGAAAGGACACAAACUCCUGACCAAUGAGCGCACCUGUCAAGACAUCGACGAGUGUUCCUUCGAGAGGACGUGCGAUCACAUCUGCAUCAACUACCCGGGAAGCUUCGAUUGUGUUUGUCAGAAAGGUUACAGUCUCUACGGCCUCACACACUGCGGAGAUAUUGACGAGUGCAGCAUUAAUAACGGCAGCUGUGAACACGGGUGUGUGAACACACAGGGCAGCUACGAGUGCGUUUGUCCUCCUGGUAAAAAGCUUCACUGGAACAAGAAAGACUGCGUCGAGGCGGUCAAAUGCCUCUCAAAUGGGAAGUCGGCACCUCGUGCUCAGCUCAGCUGCACCAAGACAGGUGGGGGGGAGGUGUGCGCCCUGUCCUGCCCGUCGAACGCUCUCUUCCUGGCAGACUCUGAGAACAGCUACACUUUGAGCUGCGGGGUACCUGUCCAGCCAGGUAAAGUCCCGAAGAAGAACAUCACCAUAACCAGCAGUAGCUCCCUUCAGACCUGCACCGAGAUGCUGUCCCAGCCUGUAAAGCAGAAAAGUCGCUUUAAGAUCAAAGACGCCAAGUGUCACCUGAGACCCCGCAACAAAGAGAAACCCAGAGACACGGGAAAGCAGAGCCUUCAGGUAGGUCAGUUCCCCUGCACGGAUGACUGUCAGGUGACAUUUGUGAAUCUGAAGUGCGACUCUUCCAAAAAGCGCCGCCGUGGUCGCAAGUCUCCGUCCAAAGAAGUCUCCCACAUCACCGCAGAGUUCGAGAUGGAAAUGAAAGAAGAAGAAGCCUCGGAAUCGUGCAAUGUGGACUGUGUGCGUGAGAAGACCAAACAGAGGCUGCAGAGCGCCAUGCGCACCCUGCGCAAGUCCAUCAGCCGGCAACAGUUUUACAUUCAGUUCUCGGGCACGGCGUACGUGGUGGCGCAGCACGCCGUGCCACAGAUAGAGGGAAAUGAGGCAUGCAGUAUAGGACAGGUCCUCACGGAUGGAAAAUGUGUCAGCUGCGGUGUGGGCACGUUUUACAGCGGAGAACAGGAACAGUGCAUCAUAUGUCCUCCAGGAACCUAUCAGGACAGAGAGGGUCAGCUGUCCUGCGAGCCCUGUCCCAGCACGGAGGGCCAGGUGAUGGAAGGGGCCAAGAACGUCUCAGAGUGUGGAGGUCAGUGUCCGGCUGGUCAGUUCUCUACCGAUGGGUUCCAGCCGUGCCAGCCGUGUCCGCUGGGCACCUUCCAGCCUGAGCCGGGCCGUGUGCGGUGCUUCCCCUGUGGAGGAGGACUCAUGACCAAACACAUGAGCAGCACGUCUUUUAGAGACUGUGAAGCCAAAGUUCAUUGCGCUCCUGGACAUCAUUAUAAUGCCACCACGCACCGUUGUAUUCGCUGUCCGGCUGGGACGUACCAGUCUGAGUUCGGACAGAACUACUGCAUCACCUGCCCUGGAAACACUACCACGGAUUUUGACGGAGCCACCAAUGUCUCCCAUUGCAAAAACCAGCUGUGUGGAGGCGAGCUUGGAGAUUUUAUGGGUUACAUUGAAUCUCCCAACUAUCCUGGGGACUAUCCAUCCAAUGUGAACUGUGUCUGGAACAUCAACCCUCCGAACAAGAGGCGCAUUCUCAUCGUGGUGCCCGAGAUCUUUCUUCCAAUCGAGGAUGAGUGCGGAGACGUCCUCGUCAUGAGGAAGAGCUCCCAGCCCACUUCUAUUACAACGUAUGAGACGUGCCAGACGUAUGAGCGACCGAUCGCCUUCACAUCCCGUUCCCGGAAGCUGUGGAUACAGUUCAAGUCUAACGAGGGCAAUAGCGGAAAGGGAUUUCAGGUUCCAUACGUCACUUAUGAUGAGGACUAUCAACAACUUAUAGAGGACAUCGUUCGAGACGGACGACUUUACGCCUCAGAAAACCACCAGGAGAUAUUAAAAGAUAAGAAACUGAUUAAAGCUCUGUUUGAUGUCCUGGCUUACCCUCAUAACUACUUUAAAUACACCGUGCAGGAGUCAAAGGAGAUGUUCCCGCGGUCCUUUAUUAAACUGCUACGCUCCAAAGUCUCCAGGUUUCUCCGGCCGUACAAAUAGAGCGUCGCAGACCCCGACUUCAUGUGCAUCUCUUUUCCUCUUGUUCAGCUGUUUCUCUCUUUUCUCCACUAUCUUCCGGAAGGCCUCGGCCAUUUUUUCCGUCUAAAAUUUUCUAUGCGCUUUUUUUAUUCGUCCCAGUUUCGUUUUGUAAUAUUUAUGUGCUUGAUUUUGCGAAAGCCCUUUUUGAAUGUUUGAUAUCUACAGUAUAUAUUUGUAUAUGUAUGUAUGUAUGUAUGUAUGUAUAUAUAUAUAUAUAUAUAUAUAUAUAUAUAUAUAUAUAUAUAUAUAUAUGUGUGUGUGUGCAUACAAAAUUUGAGGCAGGCUUAUGGCAUAGAAGGACACACACACACAGAUAUAUAUUGUUGUUGAAAAGAGGAUUUUUCUCCCCUGAUGUGCAUUGGGGUUUUAAGAUCAUGGGUGCACUUAACAUUUCCUUUUUGUCAAAAACGAGUCAAAACGAGAGAAAGGUUACGAGACAAAGAGUACGAGAGUAAGUUGCGUGUGAGUCGUUGAACUAGUAUUUGGAGCUUCAAUUGCACUUGAAUUUUUUAUUGUAAACUUUAGAGGAAAUCUAAGUUGCUUUUGUUGUAUAGAGAUGUUUUACUUUGGUUGUAGAAACAAGAAAACUCCUCCCACACUGUGUUGAUAUUAACACUUAAAAAGCCAAAUAAAACUGAACAUAUUAUUCACCCCCUCCUUCAGAACAGACACAAAUUCACCUCACAUCUCAUUAUAUUGAUUUGACCGGCCCCUUAAUCAUGUCUACGGUCAGUUUGCAAUGAAUUAUACAUUGAUUUCUGUUUAGUUAUAGCGAACAGCACAUUUUAAGAGUUUGUAAAUGUGAUGAUUUUGGCAAGUCUGACCUUCUUGCCUUGGACUGAUUGUGAAGUCAUUAACGGGCAGCAACGAGAAAAUAUGAUUUAAAACAUAUCUGUUAUAAUAAUGGCUCUUCAUGUUUGUGUUGUGCACUCAGACACUUGUGCUCUUAUUGUUGGAUUGAAUGAAGAGUAGAUUAUUGACAACAGCACAAAACAAGAGAAUGUGAAUUUUGAUUGGCUUAAAAACGCCAAAACAAUUUCACCUCCAGACUGUUAUUAGUAGGGGUGUGUGUGCGGUUCUGAGAGCAGUAAUGUUAGAUGAUAUAACUGGACAAUAUACCAAGUGUAAUGCCAGCCCAUAAUCUAGCAUAGUUUAGUUCUAUGUGUGUUAGAUUUAUUUGUGCCUGGUUGUCAUAAUUUGAGAUGUAACGAUAAAGAACAGCUUUAGGAAAUGCUUGUUGCACUCUGUACACACACACAAACACACAGAGAGAGAGAGAGAGAGAGAGAGAGAGAGAGAGAGAGAGAGAAAUGUGCCAUAAAAUUAAAGUGAUGCAGAUAACACUAACUGACAUUGACAGUAUAUUGCAUUGUUUUGCAUAUAAAUAUAUACAGUAUAGUACCGGUUGGGACGGGGCAGGGGGUUUAAAGUUAUCAUUCUAAAGCUGCUUUGUUAUAUGAGCACUUAUUAAUGCUUGUAUUUCUACCGUUUUUAGUAUCCACUUAACAGUACAAGAAAUUAAGCACGCACUCAUCCACACACAGGCUCAGUGUUAUUAUACCACACAUUUGUUACUAAAACAUUGUCAUGGGACUGUUGUUGUUAGAAGAAUGUAUGGCCUGUUGAAUUGACAUGCACACCUCGAUCUCUUUGUCAUAAACACACACUUUGGCUUCCCCUCUGAUGGAUGGAGUGACUAAGACUGCUGCUGGUGUGGACGUGUAAGCUUUAUGAAUGCCGAUAUGUAAAUGAUGUAAAAAUGUUAGUUUUUUGUUCGUGUUUUAUUUUUUUAUAUUAUUAAGUUAAUAUUUACAGUAGUGGCAGUGUUCAGCAGGGCUCUGUUUGCUUACAGUCGUGGUAAAGGCCUUGUAAUAAAAGAAAGUACAAUUCAGCAGUGCAAGAUGAACCCCGAUGGUGUAGAGGGGAAAGGGAACUAUUGUUAAGAUCUCACUUUAUUAAUAAAUCAUCAAAUCUCAA